GAAACGCACAGAGUUUUGCGAGGCGAGGGACAUCCGGCGGAACAUCUGGCGCUGCCGGAUUAUCCAUUAAAUUAACUGUCGUCGAUCCAGACUAGACACACCCAAAGAGAAAUAUCUCCCCCCAGACUAGCCUAUGCUGCCAAAAAGAUUGACUGGGUUUCAUCUAGGCUAUUAUUGCUUAAUUGUCUGGCCUACUGAAUAAUGAUGAUGAUGAUGAUGAUAAUAACAAUAAUGAUCAUUCCUCUCUGCUACAAAAUCCCUGUGGCCUGCACUGGCAGAAAUGUGACAUUAACGAGUCCUUGUAGCAAAUGUUUGUGGUUUGAUUUGUGCAUAAAAAAGCUUUGGCACUCACGUUAAAACUCUGUAGACCUCCCUCUUUCACUCUCUCUCCCUCUCUCUCCCUCUCUGUCUGUUCAUAUACUCUGCUACAUUCCGCUCACUACAUCUAGUCGUCGUUAACGUGCGUGCGGUUGCCAGGAGAGACGCGCGUACAGUUGGCUACAGUGUACAGCUGUAACGGCAGAGCGGUAAGGGCUCUCCCCCGCCAUUUCCUCUUGUCAAGCCGUGGAAUGUCGAGUAGCGGCUCGGGCUCUUCCUCGCGGAAGGAGUUCGAUGUGAAGCAGAUCCUCAGGAUCCGAUGGAGGUGGUUCGGUCACCCCGCUGUCCCUCCGCCUCAAUCCCCGCCGCUUGGAGACUACUUCGCUGGGAGGAGAGCGGGCGGCAUCUCAACAGACGGACCUUCAGUAAGCGGCUGUAGCACCUCGAAUUCAGCCGGUGCAAACCCCAGCGCCGGGGGUCACAGCGGGCUGGUCGCGAGCGGCAGCGCUGGUUCUAACCUGUGUAACAGCAGCAACAGAAAGUUUGCUGAUCCGGCGGGGAGUCGGGGCGGUGGAGCGGCAGUUGGAGCAACGGGGAGCUCCUGUCCUCGCUCCUUUAGCCAGCCAGAGUGCAGAAGCCCCGCCGCGGCGUUGUCGUGGGUCUCCCCGCCGCUUCAUCGUCGCUCCCAUCCGGCGACGAGCAUGGAUCCCCCUGGCGAUGCCCCGGUGCCCCAGCUGGAACCCGAGCCACUCGCUCAUGUCGGGGUUGAGGAGGAGGCGGUGGCACCGGCAGCGUCGGGCACCGAGGACAACAACAACCACCCAGAAACCGACUCCAGCUCCUGCAGGACAUCUAACAGCAGUGCCACACUGUCCUCAUGUGUGUCGAUGGAGCCAUGUGCAUGUCCAGAGGAGUGUAUGUUCACAGCUCUGUCCCACGCCGACGUCACCUUCCGUAAGAUGGAGGGCUACCUGAGGUCCCGACAGCUGUGUGAUGUCAUACUGGUGGCUGGAGACAGGCGGAUACCUGCACACAGACUUGUCCUUUCAUCCGUGUCGGACUACUUUGCGGCCAUGUUCACCAGUGAUGUGAGGGAGGCCAAGCAGGACGAGGUGAAGAUGGAAGGAGUGGACCCUGAUGCAUUGUCGGUACUUGUGCAGUAUGCAUACACAGGCCGUCUCGAGUUGAGGGAGGACACCAUUGAGUCUGUGCUGUCAGCCUCCUGCCUGCUGCAGUUGUCAUCGGUGGUUCAGGCCUGCUGUUCGUUCCUCAUGAAGCAGCUGCACCCUUCCAACUGUCUGGGAAUCCGCUCCUACGCCGAUGCUCAGGGCUGCAAUGAUCUGCAGAGGGCCGCUCACGCCUAUACCAUGGAACACUUUUUAGAGGUGGUGGGAGGCCAGGAGUUCCUGUUGCUUCCUGUGGAGGAGAUGGAGAAGCUGAUCACGUCUGAUGACGUCAACGUGCCAGAUGAGGAAACCGUGGUAACCUCUUUGCUAACGUGGGUCCUUCAUGACACAGACACGCGACAACAUCACCUACCCUUGCUGCUGGCUCACAUACGACUGCCACUGCUGCAGACACAGUUCUUGGCAGACUUGGAGUCCAACCCUCUGCUCCGGGACAGUAUGGAGUGCCAGCGGCUGCUGAUGGAAGGGAUGAAGUAUCAACUCUUGCCUCAGCGCCAGCCCCAGCUUCAGAGUCCCCGCACCCGGCCCCGCAAGGCAACUGUUGGGGCCAUGUUCGCCGUAGGGGGCAUGGACGCUACGAAAGGUGCUACCAGUAUCGAGCAGUACUGUCUGCGUCGGGACACGUGGAGGCAGGUAGCCACCAUGAGUGGACGGAGACUACAGUUUGGUGUAGCUGUCCUUGAUGGCCGUCUCUAUGUGGUGGGCGGCCGAGAUGGACUCAAGACCCUAAACACUGUGGAGUGUUACAACCCGCACAGCAAGUCCUGGAGCGUCAUGCCUCCCAUGUCCACCCACAGGCAUGGCUUAGGCGUAGCUGUCCUAGAGGGGCCCAUGUAUGCAGUAGGAGGACAUGAUGGCUGGAGCUACCUCAGCACAGUGGAAAGGUGGGACCCCCAAGCUCGCCAGUGGAGCUUUGUUGCAAGUAUGGCUACACCAAGAAGCACAGUGGGAGUAGCUGUACUCAAUGGCAAGCUAUAUGCAGUAGGAGGACGUGACGGCUCAUCCUGCCUGCGUUCAGUGGAGUGUUUCGACCCCCACACCAACAGGUGGAAUGGUUGUGCUCCUAUGGCUAAAAGGCGUGGAGGUGUGGGUGUGGCUACAUGGCAUGGCUUCCUGUACGCCAUCGGAGGUCAUGAUGCUCCGGCCUCAUCCCUUGCAUCUCGGCUAAGUGACUGUGUGGAGAGGUAUGACCCUCAGACAGAUGUGUGGACGGCAGUUGCCCCCAUGAGCAUCAGCCGAGAUGCCGUUGGUGUUUGUCUCCUUGGUGACCGCCUCUACGCUGUGGGCGGUUAUAACGGGCAGGUGUAUCUCAAUGCUGUAGAAGCCUACGACCCUCAGACAAACGAGUGGACACAGGUAGCACCUCUGUGUCUGGGCAGGGCAGGAGCAUGUGUGGUGGCCGUCAGACUGUGAAAACUCAAACACCAACAUCAGAAAUGGUGGACUGUGCAAGAUGUAGCUCAGAUGCUCUGUGUUACCGUUGACAUGGUCACUGAAGUUACUCCAAGAAACCCAUCUGCCUGCCAGCAUGUGACCAACAACGGGAAGUGAGAGACUGAUUACUAAACACACUUGGGGUUUUACACUUUGGCAAAGUCAGAUUUAACUCUCCUGAAUGCCAUUAUUCAUCUUAAUGUUUAUGGUUAGGUUAGGGUUAAAUCAUGUGUCAGGUUUCUGAUAAAGUUUUCAUAUAUGAACAUCCUGAUAACUUUUCCCACAGUAGUGAAACGACACUGAUAUAAUGAAGAGGAAUCUGCAGUGUUUAUCUAUGCAUGAUAGAACACCUUUAUCUCAUCUUUUUUUUCUUGCCUAUUUUUUUGUUCCUGUAGACAAGGUGGGACAGACACACACACACACCUGGUUGCUUUCAGCUUCUAUUUCUGCUUUCAGACACAGAGAGAGAGAUUGUUAAGACUGUUGAGGUGCCUCAUCAUGUUAAGCUCUCGGUGCUCCAAACAAUAUCUGAAAGUGUGUAUUCAUGCUAUUUUAAUAUAUGCCCUAUUAUUUUAUGCUGCAGUUGGCGAGUUGCUCUCCUCUUUCUUUCCCUUUCUCGCCCGCUGACAGAUGAAAGAAAGAAUUUUGACAGUACAACCUUCUGAACAGCCAUACUGUAAGAAACUGUGCCGCCCUUUAUUCUUUUCAGUCAACAACACAUCAUCAUGCUUUUAUCUAAUGUUUCUGUGUAUGUCUUCCAUAUUGCAUCAGCUCACAUCUGAAGCAUACAGUAUACUGUUAUGUGUAAUUUAUUGUAGCUUUUUUCAAGCUAUAGUGACAAAUUAUCCGACUGUUUUAUUCCGCCUUUUUUUUGUUUUUUACCUUUUUCAUUUUGCAAUUCUUCAAAUAAUUGUAGUUAUUAAGUGCUGCUAUUAGGUUUAUAACUAGAGUAAUAAUAAUAACAGUAACUGUGGCUCUUUGUUGAUCCCUGUAGGGACAUUUUGUUUCCCAAUUUCCCACAGAGCACAUGGUCAGCUAUUUACAGGCUUUGUUUUAUACAGGGUCAGUUGAGCUUUUCUGUCCUACCUCCCUUUUCUCCACUGUAGAUGUUUCCUCUGUGUGUGUGUGUGUGUGUGUGUGUGUGUGUGUGUGUGUGUUGAGAGAUUGCAAGUAGUGUAUUGUUAUCUCAAAUGAAAAUCUUCCCCCUUCCCCUCUCCACAUCUUCAAUUCCCUGCUGCUUUCUCUUCACCCCCAUUUUCCCAUUUCAUCACUACACACACACGCACCACUAUGUUUUAGAGCAGAAUUGGAUACUCAGACAAAAUGAACAACAGACCAUAUAAUGAGACCAUGAAUUUAAUAACGUUGAUUCAGCCAGUGCCGACGUUUCGUUUGAUGUUGAGUUCAAAGCGUUAUUAGAUUUGAUGCCGCUGCAGACAAAGUAUGAGACAUUAGUGGACAAUGAAUCCUGUGAUACAACCUCAUGUGUUCAUAUUUGUAUACUUGUUUCAGUAAACUUGCAUGUCAAGAAACCUCAAGAAUACAAAAAAGCUGACUGCAGGUUCAAUACUGACAUGCCAAGAUAAUUUUAUGCUGCCUACCUAAUUGUGUAUUUCUCAAUUGUGUGUGUGUGUGUGUGUGUGUGUACACAGAAAGCAAACUCCCGAUAGUGAGAGGCAAAGCAGGCAUCCUGUCUGAACUGACAGAACUAGAGCUAAUGUAGCCCCCAGGAUACAUACACACACACACACACACACACACACACACACACACACACACACACACUUGUUGUACAAGACACUUAACCACACAGCUGAAAGCCAAGUGCCCCAGGAGCCAGUAAAGAUUGAAAAGCCUCCCAGAUUUGCCGGCAUGACAUCUAAAAAGCAGAGACAGUGCAGGCUAGCGAUUCCCCACAGCUGAGCCAAUGUUUAUUCAAGCUUAAUGCACUGCUGCACUAUUCUAUUUUCUUCCCCUACAAACCUGCCCACUGUUUAUUCAGAGAGCAGUUCUCUUUAGAUAAGAGCAGACGUAGUGUGUCACCUCCACUGUGUAGAGGUAGUCAGAGAGUUUAAUUUCAGUCAGAGGUUAAAAAUAAAGACAGACAUUCCAAGUCAAACUAUAUAUUUUGUGUAUAUUAUGUACAUAAAUAUCUAUAAAAUCUUUAUGUAGUCUUAUUGCAUUUUGCUGUAUAUUAUACAGUGCCCUCUAAAUCUACCAUGUGUUAUUGUGCAUUUCUUUUUGUACCAUGAAUUAAAAAUAAAGAAGAGGUGUAAUAAAAUGAUGGUUGGUGAGAAAUGGUACAGCUGCUCAUCUCCUCUUUUUGUACCAGAAUAUUACACCUCCUCUUUUACAAUAUGUAUGUCAAUAUAUGCUGCUGUAAUAUUCUGUUAUUGGUCUUUUAUACAUUAAAGUCAAGAUGUGAUUUAA